AUGUUGCACUGGAAUGAGGAAGUGGAGUGGCCAGGGGAGGAGGGACUGAGGGCCAGGCUGCCUCCCGCCACUCGCUUCAGGCCAGGAGCAGCGGCAAGAGCCGCACAUGGAGCUGCUGGAGUCCUAUGGGCGAGUGGUCUGCAUCCAGCUGCGGCCAGAACAGAUAACCUGAGGAAAAUGGAAACAGAUGAGGCACAAGAAAUGUCCCAAGUUUCAGAAAAAGAAAGUCCUCCAGUUAGUGAUGUCCCAGAUGAUGCUGAAGAGUCCAUGCCUAUACCAGAAGAUCUUUCAGCCAGCACAGGUGGACUGCAGAAUUCUAGGAAUGAGAGAAUUUUUGCUGCAUAUAGGGCUGAAGGCUUUAGCGAUUUUCACACCAUCAUCCCCAGAUCCUUGUCUUCCAGUAAUAUUAAAAUAGAGGCACAAAGUGAUGAAGAGAAUGGGCGUGCCUGUGAAAUGAAUGGGGAAGAAUGUGCAGAGGAUUUACGAAUGCUUGAUGCCUCUGGAGAGAAAAUGAAUGGUUCACACAGUGGCAGCAAAGCCAUAUCAGGAGUUGGAGGCAUUCGACUCCCUAAUGGAAAGCUAAAGUGUGAUGUCUGUGGGAUAAUUUGCAUCGGUCCCAAUGUUCUUAUGGUUCACAAGAGAAGCCACACUGGUGAACGCCCCUUCCAGUGUAAUCAGUGUGGGGCAUCCUUUACUCAAAAAGGCAACCUUCUCCGCCACAUAAAGUUACAUUCUGGUGAAAAGCCAUUCAAGUGCCACCUGUGUAACUAUGCUUGUCGCCGUAGAGAUGCUCUUACAGGCCACCUGAGGACCCAUUCUGUUGGAAAGCCCCACAAAUGUGGAUAUUGUGGCCGGAGCUAUAAGCAGCGCAGCUCUUUGGAAGAACAUAAGGAGCGCUGCCACAACUAUUUGCAAACCAUGAACCUCUCAGGCAGCCUCUAUCCAGUAAUGAAAGAGGAAACUAACCAGAAUGAAAUGGCUGAAGAACUGUGCAAGUUGAGUUCAGAGCGAUCCAUUAUGCUGGACAGGCUAACAAGUAAUGUCACCAAACGUAAGAGUUCUAUGCCUCAGAAAUUUGUUGGUGAGAAAUGUGUAUCUGAUGUUCCUUAUGAUGCAGCCAUCAGUUAUGAGAAGGAGAAUGAUAUGGUGCAGACCAGUGUCAUAGACCAGGCUAUUAACAAUGCCAUCAGCUACUUAGGGGCUGAAUCAUUGCGUCCUCUGGUACAGACCUCUCCAAGUGGCUCUGAAGUCAUGCCUGUUGUCAAUUCAUUGUAUCAGCUCCACAAGCAUACUGGAGACAACCAUGCUCGAUCCAAUCAUGUAGCUCAAGAUGGUGCAGUGGAAAACUUGCUACUUCUUUCUAAAGCCAAAUCAAUUUCUUCAGAAAGGGACCCUUCACCCAGCAACAGCUGCCAAGACUCCACUGAUACAGAGAGCAAUAAUGAGGAACGCAAUGGCUUAAUUUAUUUAACAAAUCACAUAGCACCCCAUGCACGGAAUGGCCUCAGUAUAAAAGAAGAACAUAGGCAGUAUGAUACCCUGAAGGCAAGCAGUGAAAGCCCGCAAGAUGCUUUCAAAGUGAUUAAUGGCAAUGGAGAGCAAGUGAAAGUUUACAGAUGUGAAUAUUGUAGACUCUUGUUCUUAGACCAUGUAAUGUACACCAUCCAUAUGGGGUGCCAUGGGUUCCGUGACCCUUUUGAGUGUAACAUGUGUGGCUACCACAGCCAGGACAGGUAUGAAUUCUCUUCUCACAUAACCAGAGGAGAACACCGCUUUCACAUGAAGUAAAACUCUUUCUGUACAGAUGUUGACUUUGCAACUGAAGCUCUAUGAACAACAACAAAGUAAAACAAACAAAAGACUAUAGAACAGUGUUCCAGUAAAAAUCAAUACCAGAAGGCUUCGUCCCACAAAACGAACUCUUGUAGCAUGCACACGUAAAUCAAUUUUAUACCAUUAGUAUUCAUGUUUUUAUUGAAAAAAAUAGGUCAUUGAAAAAGUUAGUAUAGUUCAUAGGAACUUUGAUAGUUAGGUAAAAGUCUUUUCUUGCUAGCAAGAAACUCCUUAUUCCCCUUCUUUUCAAGGCACAUUGAUAUCCAAAUUUGACUGAAAACUAGAAAUACAUUAAUUGGUUUUGUGUGAAUAUUCGGGGGAGGGGCACUUUUUCUAUGAUAACAUUUAUCACUUCUUGUAACAAUUUAGUAUGUUCACUAAGUAAUGGCAGUAAUUCACAUUUAGAAUAAGAUAUAUAAACGUAUCUUUUUCUCAACCCUAUUAAAUCCCCACAUAGGCAGAAUUUGUUUUACACAAGGUAAAUGACAUGAUUACUGCCAUUAUAACUUACUCCUAGGAUUCAGGAUAUUCAAAAAUUCCAAAGUAGAGUAGACGAUAACAAUAGUAGCAGGUAGUAUGGCCGCUGUUGUGUUAUGAAUUCAAAACAUGAGUUAUUCAUAAGAUCCAACCCCCCCCCCCACACACACACACAAAAGAAAAUCCAAAACUGUAUUACUUUUGAAAAUUAGCAAAACAACCAACAACAAAAUACCUAAGACUUUAUGACUAAAAUCCAAGAAAAAAAUAGCUUUAUCCAGAUCCAGUUUGGAUCUUUUGGAAGUUCAGUUUGGAAAUGCAUAAGGGGGAACUGCUAUCCCUAGGCCCAAAGGAUUGCACACACAUGUACAAAUAUGCACACACAGCAUAGUGUAGUGGUUUGAGUGUUGGACUACGACUCUGGAGACCAGGGUUUGAAUCUCUGCUUGGCCAUGCAAACUCACUGGGUUACCUUGUGAAAAUUACACUCUCUCAGACUCAUUAGAGGG